AUGGCAUCCACGUCGACCUCGACCGCGAUCGAACUGCAACCGGGACACCUGGUCGAACUCGAGGCAAGAGGCCCCAAGAAUGCCGCCAUCCAAGUGCCAACCACCACCGAUGAGGUCAUGCAGGCCUCCCUCCUCGCGGACGCCGAAGUCCCUGAAGGAGGGGCCGGCUGGGUGGUCAUCGCAGGCUGUGCAGUGAUCACCUGGUGGUUCAUCGGGACCUCCUACUGCUGGGGUGUUAUGCAAGCCGCUCUGGUGAAAGAGGGGGUUUCGUCUGCGUCAACACUGUCCUUCGUGGGCUCAUUGGCCCCAGCCUGCAUCUCUUUUCUGGGGAUCCCGAACGCCCGGGUGAUUCGCCAACUGGGAACCCAAGUCUCCGCACUACUGGGCAUCUUCCUACUCGGACUGGGGGGAAUUCUAAGCGGCUUUGCGUUCAAGGAGAUCGGCGGUCUUUUCGUCACUGCGGGUGUCGUGAUGGGCGUGGGAACCAGUCUCUGCUUCAUGGUCGUCUCGAUCACCCCAGCUCAGUACUUCAAAAAGAAGCGCGGCAUUGCCAAUGGGAUUGUCUACGCCGCCGGGGGCUUAGGCGGCGCUGCCAUCAGCUUCAUCCUCAACGCGCUCUUGACACGCGUGGGAACAGCAUGGACAUUCCGCAUCCUGGGCCUGAUCACAAUGGCGACUGGCCUCCCAGCUGCAUUUAUGGUCAAGCAGCGAGUCCCGAUCCCCCAAUCCGCAUUCGUUGAGUGGCGCCUAUUCCGCGACAUCCGCUUUCUCCUCCUCUUUGCUGCCGGAGCGAUCGCAACCUUCCCACUUCUCGUCCCUCCCUUCUUCCUCCCUCUCUACACCGACUCAAUGGGAAUGGGCUCCGCCGCCGGAGCGGGCGUCGUAGCCGCAUUCAACUUCUCCUCGGCCCUGGGACGGCUGACGUGCGGGUUCGCCAGUGACCGAAUCGGGGGGCUGAACACGCUCUUCGUGUCCCUGACGCUCAGCGCGCUCAGCAUGCUGGUGAUCUGGCCUGCAUCGACGUCCAUCGGGCCGUUGAUCGUGUUCGUCAUCAUCAACGGCAUGGCGAACGGGGGGUUCUUCAGCACGAUUCCCACGGUCGUUGGGAACGUGUUCGGCUCGGCGAGAGGUUCUCCCAUCGCGGGAUAUAUUCUCGAUGCGUCGGGCGGAGAAGUGGGUGGGAUCAAGGCGUAUCGUCCGGCGAUUCUGUAUGCGGGGUUCAUGGCGCUGGGGGCAGCUGUGCUGGCGGGGUUUAUUCGUUUCAAGACGGAUCGACGACUGCUUAGGAAGGUGUAGUGGGUUGUUGAGGGGGCUCUGAAGUGGCGACGGGCGAUGUACAUUAUGGGAACGGACUGGAGUUGGAGGGUUAGGAUGGGUAAAAUAGGAUAGACAAAAGGACUUGCGGGUGUUGUAUAUACUUGGUUACUUGGCGCUGCAUUCAAUUUGAGUGAACCAUCCAAAAUCACUCAUGAUCGUGGGUUUGUUACCCCAAAUCCAGCCCAACCAAGUAUGUGGCAACGAACACCUUGAUGUCAUUUCACCCGAGAUCCCAUUCACUUGGACUUGCAGAUCCCAAACCCCUCAUCUCAUUC